AUGGCUCAGAUGCCGGAUGCCGUUUCCCAACCCAAGGAGUGGGUCGAGGACCUUGUGUCACAAAGACCAUAUUCCGAGCAUGCAUGGAUGGAACUGUCGAAGGGUCAGUGGGAGGCCCGGAAUCAUGGUCUCCUCAAGGAUGUUUUUAUGAGGCCUCCAUCCAGUGAUGACGAUGUGCCUCUCGAGUCCCCUGCCCCGAGGCAGGGUGAUAAGAAGAGAAGAAAAAAGUCCCCGAGAUCCCCGAACUCGGAGAAGCAUAAAUCGAAAAAGAGGCAAGCACGCAAACCCAAAGAAAUAAUCAGCGCCCUCCCAUCGGACUUAAUCCGGCAACUGAGGGAUGAUUUCGAACAUGAAUGGGGUGCGACUACUUUGCACCAAGCUAGGGGAGUCGAGAGGAAGACCGGGGCUGACACUUCUCCAACAGAGGAAAGUUCCCCGAAAGAUGCGCUUGGGGCGACUAACCUUACUGAGUCUCCUCAAUUCUCAGAUGCCAUGAUCAAUAAGGCCAAGUCCACAGCUUCUGAGGAUGUCACUGGGCUUGGUGACUUGCUGGAUCCAAAGAAGGCCUCAAUACUACACCAUGAGACUUUCCUCCGAUACCGGGAGGAGUUAGCCCAACACGAGGCCGAGGUUCGGGAGCUUACUGAGAAGAGGGACACUUAUAAGCUUCUGAGUGAGAAACUUCAGGCCGAGUUAGAAGCGGCUCGGAAGGAGCAUGCCGAGUGGGCCGAGCAGAAGAUCGAGGAGCUCCAAUCUAAGCUAAACUCGGUCGUUUCUGGUCAAGAGAGUCUGGCCAAGGAAUUCGAGGCGGCCAGAUCAGAGGUGGUUGUGGCCAAGACCAAGGCUGAUGCUAAAGGGGCCCAAUUAAAGGUUGAUGUCGAGGCGAUUCAAGCGCAGGCCAAAAGCAUGGUGGAGCAUGCAAGGUGGCAAGCUCAAAGGGAAGCCCUCGAGGGAGUCCAUGAUCAGAUCUUUGACAUACUGGCAGAAAUCGAGAAUGCUAAAGUAGAAGAAGCCAGGGUCCGGAAGCUGUCUUUUCCCAAGGAAGAUUCCGAGAGCUUAAUCGAAUUUGAAGGUGGUGAAGAUCCCGAGGAUGAAGACGCUGCCCCCGAUGAGGACCAGGCCACUUAG